ACAAAGAGUAUGGUGGAGUUGAGGUUAUACGAGUUGACCUCGUCCUUGUUCUUGCUGUUGAUUGCAAUGCUGGCGUCCAGGUCGCACAGCGUCGUGUUUUCGUAAAUCGACGAGCAGAAUGCUGGCGGUUGUUCCCAGGAAGCGGAUGACCGUUGAAGCUCUUCAGGUCCUUCAGGCCGUAUGCAGUAAUAUAAUUUUUGUUGCACUCGCUGCGGCUGAGCGAGCUCACAUCGGUGGUGCGCACGACGGUCAGGUCAAUACCGCGAUAAAGCACUUGCUGGGUGGCUGGAUCGCUGCUGAGGUUCGGCGACGAAAAUGACAGGGCGGUCAAACCAGCCGUGUUAGCCUUCGUAUCGUCGAUGAACAA